CCUGACCGCAUCCUUCCCCCAGCCUCUUUCCCGUCACACAAUUUUAUGUAUUUGUAUGUGAAAGGCAUUGAACACAAAGCAAAUAGCCCGGAACCUACCACUUUUGGGGUGGGUGCAAGUUGUUACCCACAGCACCUUUCCAGCUCGACUGCACGUGGGAGCCGCCUGGAUUUAAAACCUUGGUGCCUGGGUCUUACCCUCAGAGAUUCUGAUUUAAUUGAUUUGGGUGCUGUCCUGGGAUUUUUAAAAUCUUCCCAAGUGGCGCUAAUGUUCAGCCAAGUUGGAGAAGCACUGAGAGAGAAGCUAUAAAAAGUCUCUCUUCCCAAAAGGAAGAAGGAAGACUCUUUGCAGGUACAGUUACUUCAAGCCUCCAGGAUGGCCAUCCAAUUCCGUUCGCUUUUCCCGUUGGCGUUGCCUGGAAUGCUGGCGCUUCUUGGCUGGUGGUGGUUUUUCUCUCGUAAAAAAGAGCACGUCCGCAGCCACGACCAACCGGUGGAGCCCAGCACCGUGGAGCUGAGGGCCGACCCUGCCGUCGAGGAACUGGUUCCUGUGGCAGAUGCCUGUCCCGGAGUCUUAGCCACGCCCACCACGGUCACCCACCCACCAGAAAAGAAGAUGGCCACUGGGAGCAAGCCUCCCACCGAGCCCCCAGCCUUGCUGCGGGCACAUCCAGCCUGUCGUGGAUCAGAGUCCUCAGGCAGCCUCCCUAACACCAUGGACACGAGACUUCGACCAGAAACACACAAAGACGACAGCACAAGGGUGGAACUGGCCCUGGCGGGUGACGAAGCCAAGUCUGUUCCGCUGGAGUGUUCUCUUCCAUCCCGAAAGGCUAUUCCGUUCCCCCACGAAGCAGCUGAGGUGUGCAAGCGCGAGGCAGGGCGGGACCGACAGGGUCAGUCUGCAGCCCCCACGGAGAAGCACAGCUCUGGGGAGAAGGCCAGAGAGAGAGGCGGGGCCGCAGGCACUGGCGACGCAGUGUUGGGAGACAGUGUGUUGGAAGAGGGUGUGCUGUCCCAGGAAGAUGGCUCCGAGUUGAAGAGCAGCAAGGCACCCAGCCUGGCUCCCUUGGGAGGAGGGGGAGAGGAAGGGAAAGCGGCAGGGAAGGUGCUGAGCAGCUUCCUGGAAUCGGCUCACACGGAGCUGGCCAAGGACGACGAGGCGCCGGCACCCCAAGACAGAGCCUGGGACGGCGACGUCUUAGGAGAGCUGGGCAAAGAGGAGACCUUGGAUAAAAAUGAGGAGAUCGAGCAGGCUGCCUUCCAGAUCAUCUCCAAAGUGAUCAUGGAGGCGACCGAAGAAGUGCUGGCCACCACCAUGGGGAAGAUGGCAGAUCGCGUGCAUCAGGCCUCAGCCAGUCAGCUCCUCGGGCAGCAAGAGGAGAGCUGUGCCCUGGUCAACCAGAAAGUGGCCCUAGCGCAAGAUGCUGCAGAGCCCACUCUGGCCACAGCGGAGGCAGCCGUGGGUCCGUCACACGCUGCCCCCACCUCGCCAGGCCUGCCAGCCGAGGACCUGCCGCCACCAAAGACCUACGUGAGCUGCCUGACCAGCCCUCUGUCCAGCCCCACCAAGGAGAGGAAACCAAAGAACUCCGUGCACCAUAUCUCCCUGGCCCCCUGCCCACCACCGGCUGCCCCCCUUGGAGAGUCACUGGAUAACGCAAGGGUCCUGAUGGAAGAUGCCUGCGUGUCUGACAACAGCCAGGGUGUCCCUUCAGUGGCCUCUUCCGGGCAGUGCUCUGAUUCCGUCAGUACUUCAGGGCUUGAAGACUCUUGUACAGAGACCAACUCAAGCCCCAGGGACAAAGCUACCACCUUGCCGCUGCCAGAAAGUACUGUGCCGUUUAGCAAUGGGGUGCUGAAGGGGGAAUUGUCAGACUUGGGGACUGAGGAUGGAUGGACCAUGGAUGCGGAAGCAGAUCAUUCGGGAGGUUCAGACGGGAACAGCAUGGAUUCUGUGGAUGGCUGCUGUGGCCUCAGGAAGACUGAUGGCUUCCAGAAUGCCCAGGCAGGCUCCAACCCUAAGAAGGUUGACCUCAUCAUCUGGGAGAUUGAGGUGCCAAAGCACUUAGUUGGUCGGCUAAUUGGCAAGCAGGGGCGGUAUGUGAGUUUUCUGAAGCAAACAUCUGGUGCCAAGAUCUACAUCUCAACCCUGCCUUACACCCAGAAUGUUCAGGUCUGCCACAUAGAAGGCUCUCAGCAUCAUGUAGACAAGGCCCUGAACUUGAUUGGGAAGAAGUUCAAGGAACUGAACCUCACCAAUAUCUACGCACCCCCACUGCCGUCACUGGCCCUGCCUUCUCUUCCAAUGACUUCCUGGCUCAUGCUCCCGGAUGGCAUCACCGUGGAGGUGAUUGUGGUCAACCAGGUCAAUGCCGGGCACCUGUUUGUGCAGCAGCACACACACCCUACCUUCCAUGCCCUGCGCAGCCUGGACCAGCAGAUGUACCUCUGCUACUCUCAGCCCGGAAUCCCCACCCUGCCCACCCCAGUGGAAAUAACGGUCAUCUGCGCUGCCCCCGGCGUGGAUGGUGCCUGGUGGCGAGCCCAAGUGGUGGCCUCCUAUGAGGAGACCAACGAAGUGGAGAUUCGCUACGUGGACUACGGUGGAUAUAAGAGAGUGAAAGUAGACGUGCUCCGGCAAAUCCGGUCUGACUUUGUGACCCUGCCAUUCCAGGGAGCGGAAGUCCUUCUGGACAGUGUGAUGCCUUUGUCAGAUGAUGACCACUUCUCCCCUGAAGCAGAUGCAGCUAUGAGCGAGAUGACAGGAAAUACAGCACUGCUGGCUCAGGUGACAAAUUAUAGUCCGGCUGGCCUCCCUCUGAUUCAGCUAUGGAGUGUGGUUGGAGAUGAAGUGGUGUUGAUAAACCGGUCACUGGUGGAGCGAGGACUUGCUCAGUGGGUAGACAGCUACUACACGAGCCUCUGACCCCCGGCCCCCACAGCCACUUGAAUCUUUUUUUGCACUGUUGAAAUUGGGCUUGGCACUCAAGGCAAAGACUUUACAUCAGAAUAACAAACGUCUUCCUCAGAAAGUUGUUUUUUUUCCAUGUUGUGGUCGUGUUGAGAAGAUGUUUCGUCUCGGAGACAAGGAGCUGUGGGUUCUUUUCAAAGCCAUAGAUGGUGUUUUAACAAGCCUGUUGGCUUAAACCUGGUUCUAAGCUGUUAAAAAAAAAAAAGAAAAGUGGAAGAUAAACUAUCCGCACCAGGCUUUCCUAGUCCCCCUCCUUUCCACUUCCCACUUCCUCCCCCACCCCAAACCAAACCAAACCAACUGUAGCCAACAUGCCAAGGGAUGUGUUGCUUGCUUGAGAGGGUUUCUUUUGCUUCCAAGUCUUCCUUCAGGGAGCAAACAUGAACUGACUAAUUGGUAUCGAUUACUUGUACAGCUUACAUAAAUGAAUUUAUGCUCUUUAGCCAGUUUUUAUAAACUUCACCUAGGUCUCUUAAGAAGGCAAACUUUUUAAUGCAUAUGUAAAUACAAAGCAAUCAAACCUCUGGCUUUGGUCAGUGGGGGGAGGGAACUGUUAUCUUGCCAAGCCUGGUUGUAAUUUGUAACCCUUUUCUAUUUGUGCAAACUGUAAAUAUAUGUUUAAAAAAAUGUAAUAUUUUGUACAAGACACACUGGAGAACAAAGGGAACUCAAGAUUUUUUCCACACCCCGUCAUCUGUGAGCAGAAGUUACCUCCGCAGAGUCCAGCUGCCCAUCCCAGCUCCUGCGGCGGGUCCUGAGGCAUCCUGCAUACUGAGCAGGGUGACUGUAUGGUAUAGAUUGCGAUCCGGGAAUUUUUUUUUUUUCUGUACAAAUUUGUUUAAAAAAAAAAAAAAGCAACUCAUUGAAUUAC